AUGAACGUUCUGCAGACUCGGUGGACUCUGUUUCACCCAGAAGCCAAGUGAAAAUACAGACCACAUUUACAGCUAAAGCUGAGACAGAUGUGUCCGGGAAGGCAGUCGUCGCCAGACAAGUUGUAAGAACGAAUUUAAAAAUCUCUGCAAAGACAUCUGAGAGGGUCGACGGUGGAUGUGGUGAUUGGGAGCUGAAAAGGAUUUUUCUUCUGUAAUCAGACAACAAUAGACACGAUGCAAACUAAAGUACAGAACAAGAAAAGGCAAGUGGCAUUCUUCAUUUUAUUGAUGCUUUGGGGAGAGGUAGAUUCUGAAUCGAUUCAGUAUUCCGUAUUGGAGGAGACAGAAAGUGGCACGUUUGUGGCCAAUUUGACAAAGGACCUGGGACUGAGGGUGGAGGAGCUGGCUGCACGGGGCGCUCGGGUUGUUUUCAAAGGGAACAGACAACAUUUGCAGCUUGAUCCACAGACCCAUGAUUUACUGCUAAAUGAAAAACUGGACCGGGAGGAACUGUGUGGCUCCACUGAGCCGUGUGUGCUACCUUUCCAAGUGUUACUGGAAAAUCCCUUGCAGUUUUUUCAGGCUUCCUUGCGUGUCAGAGAUAUAAAUGACCACUCCCCGGAAUUCCCUGCCGGAGAAAUGCUCUUGAAAAUAUCAGAAAUUACUAUGCCAGGAAAGAUAUUUCCUUUGAAAAUGGCACACGAUUUAGACACUGGCAGCAACGGCCUUCAGAGCUACACAAUCAGCUCCAACCCUCACUUCCACGUUCUCACCCGCAAUCGCAGCGAAGGCAGGAAGUUCCCGGAGCUGGUGCUGGACAAACCGUUGGACCGCGAGGAGCAGCCCCGACUCACGCUAACGCUCACCGCGCUAGAUGGUGGGUCUCCGCCCAGGUCAGGGACCUCCGAGAUUCACAUCCAGGUUUUGGACAUCAAUGACAACAUCCCCGAGUUUGCUCAGGAGCUCUAUGAGGCGCAAAUCCCCGAGAACAAUCCCCUCGGCUCUCUGGUUAUUACUGUCUCAGCCAGAGAUUUAGAUGCAGGAUCGUUUGGGAAGGUAUCUUACGCCCUGUUUCAAGCCGAUGACAUCAACCAACCGUUCGAAAUAAACGCAAUCACAGGAGAAAUUCGGUUGAGAAAGGCUUUGGAUUUUGAGGAAGUUCAGUCUUAUGACGUGGAUGUUGAGGCCACAGAUGGUGGGGGCCUAUCAGGAAAAUGCUCUUUAGUCGUCAGGGUCCUGGACGUGAAUGACAACGCCCCUGAACUCACCAUGUCGUUCUUCAUCAGCCCCAUCCCAGAAAACUUGCCAGAGAUCAUAGUGGCAGUUUUCAGUGUUUCAGAUGCAGACUCUGGGCAUAACCAACAGGUUAUUUGUUCAAUAGAGAACGAUCUCCCUUUUCUACUAAGAACUUCCGUGGAGAAUUUCUACACCCUGGUAACAGAAGGGGCACUGGACAGAGAGAGCAGAGCCGAGUACAACAUCACCAUCACCGUCACUGAUUUGGGGACACCCAGGCUGAAAACCCAGCAGAGCAUAACCGUGCAGGUCUCCGACGUCAAUGACAACGCCCCCACCUUCACCCAAACUUUCUAUACCCUGUUCGUCCGCGAGAACAACAGCCCCGCCCUGCACAUCGGCAGCGUCAGCGCCACAGACAGAGACUCAGGCACCAACGCCCAGGUCACCUACUCGCUACUGCCACCCCAGGACCCGCACCUGCCCCUCGCCUCCUUGGUCUCCAUCAACGCGUCCUUGGUCUCCAUCAACGGGGACAACGGCCACCUGUUCGCCCUCAGGUCGCUGGACUACGAGGCCCUGCAGGCCUUCGAGUUCCGCGUAGGCACCACAGACCGCGGCUCCCCGGCGCUGAGCAGCGAGGCGCUGGUGCGCGUGCUGGUGCUGGACGCCAACGACAACUCGCCCUUCGUGCUGUACCCGCUGCAGAAUGGCUCCGCGCCCUGCACCGAGCUGGUGCCCCGGGCGGCCGAGCCCGGCUACCUGGUGACCAAGGUGGUGGCGGUGGACGGCGACUCGGGCCAGAACGCCUGGCUGUCGUACCAGCUGCUCAAGGCUACGGAGCCCGGGCUGUUCGGCGUGUGGGCGCACAAUGGCGAGGUGCGCACCGCCAGGCUGCUAAGCGAGCGCGACGCGGCCAAGCACAGGCUGGUGGUGCUGGUCAAGGACAAUGGCGAGCCUCCGCGCUCUGCCACUGCCACGCUGCACGUGCUCCUGGUGGACGGCUUCUCCCAGCCCUACCUGCCUCUCCCGGAGGCGGCCCCUGCCCAGGCCCAGGCCGACUCGCUCACCGUCUACCUGGUGGUGGCGUUGGCCUCGGUGUCGUCGCUGUUCCUCUUGUCGGUGCUCCUGUUCGUGGCGGUGCGGCUGUGCAGGAGGACCAGGGCGGCCUCUGUGGGUCGCUGCUCGGUGCCCGAGGGCCCCUUUCCAGGGCAUCUGGUGGACGUGAGCGGCACCAGGACCCUGUCCCAGAGCUACCAGUACGAGGUGUGUCUGAUGGGAGGCUCAGGAACAAAUGAGUUCAAGUUCCUGAAGCCGAUUAUCCCCAACUUCCCUCCUCAGGGGACUGGCAGGGACAGCGAGGCAAACUCCAACUCCAGGAAUGAUUUUGGGUUCAAUUAGGAAUCUGACAACAGGUCGUGAUAAAUCAUAGAAUUCACUAUUCAUCUGUAAGUUCCCAAUUCUCUCAUUCACACAGAGUCACAUAUUCACACAUUAGUAAUGGCUGUUAUAUUUAUAGCUAUUUCAACCUGCUGGACUGUUUUCCAUUCCCUCUAAUAUUUGUUGUGGUGGUUGUCAGCUACGUUAGUUAUAGCAUGUGCACACAAUAGCAGAUAAAUGGUGUUUCCUAGGGUUGUUGUUUUUGUUUGGUCAGAUUUUGGAACUCACAGGUGUUUUCAGGUUCCCAAUAUUUGAACUUGUUCAUUGAUACGUUAUGAUUAAGAGAAUGGUGUUUCUAACUUUCUGAUUAUCAUCAGCAUGACUCUAAGUCUAUUGUAAAUCACAGCUUUUAGUUUAAAAAAUACUUCUCAUUUAUGCAAAAAUUUUAGUAAUCUUGUAAAUUGUUGCAUUUCUGUUGUGUUGUUUCAAAAACACUACUCUUCCCUCAACUGAACCAAUAUUUUACCUAGGUGAUGUUUUCUCUCUUGAACUUUUUCUUUCAAAAUUGGUAUUUAUAGACCAUCGGGUGUUAUUCUAAAGGAUUCAACUCCUAUUACGUGAAAGAAUAAUAGAAAAAAGGUUGGUUGACUUGUGAUUGCUUUUUUAAAAAAUAAUAAAUGGCUUUGGUAUGUAAA